AUGCCGACUGCUAUAGUCACAGGAGCCUCCCAGGGAAUCGGACGUGCAAUUGCCUUGCGUCUAGCUGAUGAUGGUUUUGACGUGACGUUAAACAGUCUGAAAUCCGAAAUUGAAUGCAAAGGACGGAAGUCUGUUAUCGCCAUCGGUGAUGUCAGUCUUGAGAAGGAUGUAGAAAGCAUCAUCUCCACAUCCGUCGAGGCUCUCGGUAACUUGACUGUAGGUUAUCUGUGCUACGGCUUCUGGGGUUCUUCUAAUAGGUCACAGGUCAUGGUUGCCAACGCCGGAAUAAUUCUCAACAAGCGCAUGAUGGACAUUACACCUGAUGAUUGGGACAGAAUCCAAGCUGUUUCAGACCGGUAUCAUCACAUCCAAAAUAAUAUUGCGCCUCGAGGAAGAUCUAACCAAGAAAUAAUCAAGCAACCAACUGCAAUUGCUUAUUCGGUCAGCAAGUGGGCUGUCAGAGGACUCACUCAAGCUACAGCUCUUGAGCUCGCAACCCAUCAAAUCAACUCUUGCGCUAAGGACUGGCAGAUGUGGGAUGAAAUCGACGACAGUUACUCCAGUGCUUUGGGAAUCCCGAAGGGGGAAGCCUUUAGAAUGGCGGUAGAGCAGCGCGCCGCUAUGAAGAAGCCAUCGACCCCGGAAGACAUUGCUGGCUGUGUAAGCUUCCUGGCUGGUAAGGACUCAAACCUGAUAACAGGACAAAGUGUUAUCAUUGACGGCGGUAUGAGCCCCAAAUUCUUACAACUGCGUCAUUUUCUCUGUCUAACCGACGGUUCAGGUAUCCAAUUCUGUUAA